CUCCCGCCCCGGUUGAGAGACAUAAAUGCUGUCUGUGCCGCCGAGGAGUUGCCAGCUGCCAAGUUUGCUGUUCUGCUGCUGCCGCGAGCCAAGGAAGCCCGGGCACUCACUGGGACUUUUGCUCACCGCCUUUCAGUCUGCUGCAGAGUUCUUCCCGGCUGGGCCUGUAGUUGCGAAGCCUUUUUUCCAUCUUUUCACAACCACAAAAACCACUAGCUGCUGAGGCUCCAACGAGAUCAAGAUGUGGACGGCGCCGGUGUUGUUCUGGGUUUUGGGGAGCGCGUGGUGCUGGCACUUUGUGCAGGGAGGGCCCGUAGGCGGACUAGAAGAUGAUAUUGUGACCCCAGGUACAGGGGAUGGCAUGGUGAACCCAGGUCUGGAAGACAGAAUAGCAACCACGGGUCCUACUGGAGGAUUGAAUGAAUUUACUGGCAAGGUACCAACACACAGAGAGAUUCCCUUAGAGGAACGGCCAACCCCAGAAAUCCCAGACCGUGAUCACGAAGAACAUAAGAGUACAACCACUGUCAAAAUGGUGACUAGCCGUUCUGUGGAUCAGUCAACAAGUCACCCCAACAAAGACAGCACAGUUGACGAAACACAGACAACAGAUAAGAGAGAUGGCUUGGCAGUAGUGACCCUGGUUGGAAUCAUAGUUGGCGUCCUGUUAGCCAUCGGCUUCGUUGGAGGGAUCAUCAUUGUGGUUAUGAGGAAAGUUUCUGGAAGGUUCUCGCCCUAAAGAGCUGAACAGAUCAGGUUGUUCUCCCAACAUAUCUGAAAAUAAGGGAACAUCCAGUGUCCCCUGUUCCCCAUCCUCUGCUUGUGGAGGAAGAUGACCCAUGGAAUGCCCACCCCACUCAUAGCCAUGGUGACUCCUCCGCUUGCCAGAAGUACCAAAGGAAAGAUACGUGACAAGCCACGGUCCCUUGAAGCAUAUGCCUUUGGAGAACAAACAUUCUUAAUAUAAAUUUUAUAAUAAAUGAUUCAAAAUACAACCUGGGUGGAAAAUGAAGCGAAGCUCCGUAAACUGACUUGUUAACCAAGACCGCAUCACCAGUUGGCGUUAGCAACUGUAACCAUGACUUCAUCCUGGCCAUUCCCUGCUACUGCUGGGAUGCAAAGGAAUCUGGAAAUGUUUAUUGAAUCCGCAGAGCCAUUGGCUCAGUGUUACUUACGUCAAAGAGGCACGGGCCUGCUGAUAUGUACACAUUCCAGCC